AUGACAAGAAUAAUCAAAUGUAGCGAAUGCGGAAAUAAUAUUGGUAGUGGUAGUUUUUUAAAUGAUGGUCAGAAUUGUAAAACAUGCGAAAGAGAAAGAGAUAAAAGAGAUUUAGAACAAAAAAUAAAUAGUUAUCAAUACUCCCUAAGAAGAAUAAAAUCCAUGCGAAAUCAUCCCAGUUAUGACGAAUAUCAAGUCCAAGAACUGGAAAGACAAUUAGCCGAGGCAGAAGCAGAGUAUAGAGAAAAAUACGUAAAAAAGGCAUUAGCGAAUUAUCCUCUCCAAUUACAACAAGCCAAUGCUCUUAUAUUUUGCCAAGAGGAUGAGUAUAAGCCAUUAAGUAUUCUUAAUCGAUUUAAUAAAGAGCAUGCUGAUAUUAAACGCUUUCAAGUCGGUAUCUACGAGCAAAAGAUAGUGGAAAGUAAUAUGUUGGAAAAGUGA